AUGAAAACAAGUUCACUUAAAUCAAAACUUAAUGGAUCCAAAAUGGAUGAUUUUGAUAAUCAAAAUACUUAAGUAAAAUAUUUAAUAAAUUUAGAAUUUGAUUAAACUUACAACAUAGGUAGAAAGACUUACUUAAGUAUUAAAUAUGAAAAUUGAAUAAGUUGACAUGUUGAAUAAAUAAUUUGAGCUUUAGAAAUCAAUUACUAAACCUAAGGAAAUUGAAGAGUUGAUCUCAGUAAAUUUAUUAUCUAAUUUUUAGACAGUUGAAGAAUAAACUAAAGAAAUUGAAAAAUGGGCAGAAAAAUAUCAAAAAUUACAAUAACAAAAUUUACAAUUAUAAUAAAAGAAUGAUGAAUUAGAAUAAGUUGUUAAUUUACUUUAAAAUAAUGCAACCUAAUAAUAUAUUAAUUAUAACGAUAAUUUACCAUCCUUAAAGGAAAUUUAGUCUAAAUAAAAUUAAUAAAGUAAUAUAAGGAAAGUUGAAAAUUAGAAUCACAAUGAACAGUUGAACAAUAUUAACACUCAAAAUCUUUAAAAAAAAUAGGAAGAAAUUAAUCAAUUAAAAUUCUAGCUAUCAUAAAUUUAAUAAGAAUUGUUGAAUGAAAAAUAAUUACAUAGAGAAUUAAUUAUUGCAGAAGAAGCAAGGGUUAGAGAUUAAGAAAGAAAAUCAUUCAAUUAAUACAAAUAAGACACAUAAAGUUAAUUGCUUUUAUAAAAAAAAUAAAUUGAUACUUUAUAGAAAUAAUUAGAUAAUUCUUAUAAUUUUGAUGAAAAAUCUAUUAAUCGUUCUUAAAUUAAAGAAUUAAAUGAAUAAUUUCCUUAAAAUAUCAAAAUUGUUGGGUUAUUAGACAAUGAUGUUCAAAAUUUAUAAACUGCUAAUAGAUAAUCUUAUAUUCCAAAACUAUAGAAAGAAUAAACCAUAUCAAAUUAAUAAUAUUAAUUAGAUAAAUUUCCUAAUUUUUAACCCCAAACUUAAAGAAUAGGACCUUUAUAAAAUACUUCUUUUUCACUUGAAGGAGUUUCUCCUACCGAAUUAUAAUUUCAACCAAAUAAUAUUAAUUAAAUUUAAGAAUAAAUAAAUUAAACAAUGGCUUAAAUAGAAAAAUCAAUAAUAUAAGUUGAUUUGAUGAAGUAGACAAAUUAUCUUCAAAAGAAAAUAGUUCAAGAAUAAAUUCAACCUUCCAAUUCUAAUAGUUUAUUAAAUUCUCAAUUCCAAUAAUAAUAAUUAAAUAUUAAAUAAUUAGAACCCUAAAAAGCUUUCUCAUAAGUAGGCCAAUAAUCAAAUAACUUCUAUUAAUUUAAUUAAAAAUAGUAUUUUUGA